AUGUCUGAAGAAGUUGAUAUGAAUGUUGAAAAUGAGGAAGAUGUUGGCGUGAAAGUAGAACACGUUAAUUGCUCUGAUGUCUUUGAUAUUUCUCAAGUAUUUGUCAAAUUUGUUGUUGGUACAGCUCGAUCGGUGGCUUAUGACAAAGGAUUUGUUGCCGUGAUAAUGAGGUCAGGCACUAAUACUCGUGUUAGAGGAAGGCCUUCAUUUCUAUUAAUAGCUUGCGAAAGGAGUGGUGAGUAUAGGCCUAAGAAGAAUGAUUUGGUAAGAACAUGUACUGGCAGUAGAAAAUGUGGAUGCCUGUUUAAGUUGCGUGCGAAGCCAAUUUUGGGAGGAGAAGGAUGGAUAGUGAAGUUAAUUUGUGGGGUUCACAAUCAUGAAAUGGCUAAGUCAUUAGUUGGACAUCCAUAUGUGGGUCGACUGACUAAAGACGAGAAGAUUGUUGUUGUUGAUAUGACAAAGUCCACGGUGAAGCCAAUAAAUAUUCUUUUGACAUUGAAGGGGCACAAUGUCAACAGUUAUACAAUAAUCAAACAAAUUUACAAUGCUAGACAUGUUUACCGUUCUUCCAUGAGAGGAAGUAACACCGAAAUGCAACAGCUCAUGAUCCUGCUUGAUCGCGAUUAA